AUGCGGGUAACAGUGUAUGCCGUGCUCGCGGCGUUGAUGCCAACUAUAUUGGCCCAAGCCAAUACAACCUACCAGGACUAUUCGACCAACCCUCAGCCCGACUUGACGCCACAGACCGAUGCAACUAUUGAGCUUUCUUUCCCCGAUUGCUCCAAGCCUCCCCUGAGCAAAACUCAAGUGUGCAACACGUCCGCAAAUGCCCAUGAUCGAGCCGUGGCCCUUAUUUCAAUGUUUACGUUCGAGGAGCUUGUGAAUAGCACUGGAAACAAUAUCCCGGCGAUUCCUCGCUUGGGUCUUCCCCCGUAUCAAGUGUGGAGUGAAGGCCUGCAUGGACUAUCGCGUGGGAAAUUCUCGGAGUCGGGCGAUUACAGCUGGGUCACUUCUUUCCCGUCACCCAUUCUCACCAUGGCCGCUCUCAACCGCACCCUGAUAAACCAGAUUGGCGGCAUCAUUUCAACCCAAGGCCGCGCCUUGAAUAAUGUUGGUCGAUUUGGGCUGGACGUCUACUCCCCCAACAUCAAUUCCUUCCGACACCCCGUCUGGGGCCGCGGUCAGGAAACCCCCGGCGAGGAUGCCUACUGCCUAUGCUCGGCGUACGCGUACGAGUAUAUCACAGGUAUACAGGGAGGUGUGGAUCCAGAAAAUCUAAAGCUGGUGGCUACCGCAAAGCACUUUGCCGGAUAUGAUAUCGAGAACUGGGAUAGUCACUCCCGUCUGGGCAACAAUAUGAUCAUCACCCAGCAGGACCUGGCGGAGUAUUUUACGCCGCAGUUUGUUGCUGCCGUGAGAGAUGCCCGCGUGCACAGUUUCAUGGCUUCAUACAACGCCGUCAACGGAGUUCCAAGCUCGGCCAACUCGUUCUUCCUUCAGACCCUCCUACGAGACAGCUGGGGCUUUGUGGAGGAUGGAUACGUCUCAUCCGACUGCGACUCUGUCUAUAAUGUUUUCAACCCACACCAGUAUGCUGCGAACGUGUCGGGAGCUGCAGCAGACUCGAUGCGAGCAGGCACGGACAUUGACUGUGGGACUUCAUACCAAUACCAUCUCAACGAGUCCUUUUACGAGGGUGCGAUUUCCCGCAGCGAAAUUGAACGUGGGGUUGUCAGAUUGUACUCCAAUCUUGUGCGCCUGGGCUACUUUGAUGGCCGAAACAGCCCGUAUCGGGACCUCCAGUGGCCGGAUGUGGUGACUACUGAUUCCUGGAACAUCUCCUACGAAGCCGCAGUGGAGGGAGUUGUCCUCCUCAAGAAUGACGGCACUCUCCCGCUCUCCAAGAAUAUUAGCAGUGUUGCUUUGAUCGGGCCAUGGGCCAAUGCCACGGAGCAGAUGCAAGGAAACUAUUUCGACACUGCGCCCUACCUUACCAGCCCCCUGGCGGCUUUACAAGCAUCACAGCUCAAGGUCAACUAUGCCUUUGGUACAAACAUCUCCUCGAAUUCUACGGACGAAUUUGCCGCUGCCAUCUCUGCGGCCAAGAACUCAGACGCUGUCGUCUUCGCCGGUGGCAUUGACAAUACUCUCGAGGCCGAGGGUGUUGACCGAGCCAAUAUCACCUGGCCCGGGAACCAGCUCCAGUUGAUCAAACAGCUCAGCCAACUCGGCAAGCCGUUAGUGGUGCUACAGAUGGGUGGCGGACAAGUCGACUCGUCGGCACUGAAGGUCAACAAGAAUGUCAAUGCGCUCGUCUGGGGCGGAUACCCCGGCCAGUCAGGUGGCCAAGCCCUCCUAGAUAUCCUCACUGGCAAGCGUGCGCCGGCCGGUCGGUUGACAGUGACCCAAUAUCCAGGCGAAUACGCGACACAAUUCCCAGCGACCGACAUGAACCUGCGGCCGAACGGCAAGAAUCCCGGCCAAACGUACAUAUGGUAUACGGGAAAGCCAGUCUACGAAUUCGGACACGGGCUCUUCUACACGACAUUCAAGGUCUCACUCGCAGGGCGCAAGACCAGACGCAACGGGACAUCCUUCGAUAUCGUCCAGCUGCUUUCCCAGUCACACACAGAAUGCAACGUGGUUGAGCAAGUUCCCUUCCUCAAUUUCACAGUGAGCGUUGAGAAUACAGGUGGAAUGGCCUCGGACUACACGGCAAUGCUCUUCGCGAACACUACAGCAGGCCCGAAGCCCUAUCCAAACAAAUGGCUCGUUGGCUUCGAUCGACUCGGCGCCAUCAAGCCCCACGAGUCGCAGGAGAUGACAAUCCCUGUGUCGCUGGACAGUGUCGCCCGUACUGACUCGCAGGGCAACCGCGUUGUCUAUCCCGGGAAUUAUGAGCUGGCCUUGAAUAAUGAGCGCUCGGCGGCGGUGGCGUUUACUUUGACGGGCGAGGCGACAACGAUUGCAAAGUGGCCGCUGGACAAGCAACAGAUUCCUCCUGCCUAA